AACAUCACAAAAAGCAAAGACAACAAGCCUCCAUAGUAUAUAGCAAGUUAAGCAAAAUCCCAAGCUAGGUUUUGCUUUAAUUUUCCAUUUCUCAUAUUUGAUUGAAUCACCAUGGCCUCUACCAUUAUUAGCUUGUGGAGUUUGGUAGCUGCUAUCCUUGCAUUUGCUCUCGCAGUGCAAGGAACUUUAGGAGGUAUAGAAUGCGAGAAGCUGAACCAUGAGACAUGCGCGUUUGCGGUGUCAUCGGCCGGAAAACGAUGUGUGCUAGAGAAGGAGGUGAAGAGGUCAGGGAUGGAAGCAUACACAUGCAAGACAUCAGAGAUUGAAGCUGAUGAGAAGCUGAAGGAUCACAUUGAGAGUGAGGAAUGCAUCAAGUCAUGUGGUUUGGACAGGAAGUCCUUUGGAAUCUCAUCAGAUUCUCUUUUGGAAUCUCGCUUCACUCAAAACCUUUGCUCACCUCAUUGCUACCAAGCAUGCCCUAAUGUUGUUGACCUAUACUUCAAUCUUGCUGCUGGUGAAGGAGUGUUUCUUCCCAAGUUGUGUGAAGCAGAAGGGGGAAAUGCACGGAGAGGAAUGGCUGAGAUCAAAAGCUCUGGUAUUGUGGCACCUGCACCUGAUGUUCGUUCAGUGAAGUUCACAGCUGCUACUCCCCCUCCAUACUAAAGAAAAAACAUAUUUGAUGCAUGAUAUAUAAUUAGAAUAUAUAAAUAUAGAUGUUUAUUUUGUAAUAAGGAAGUUGCACCAUUAUUAUUAUUAUAGCAACCUUUUAGGUUUGAAUUGGAGUGUAUCAUUAAUGAUAGAGUUUAAUUUGUUCUAA